AUGUCCAAGUAUUGUGAGGCUCUCUCCCAGCUGUCGCUGAUCGGCGCCUGCUGCUAUGGACUUUACGCACUGGCACCGGCUGAACACCCGUAUGGAUAUACAGCAGCCGCAUUUUGCUUUGUCCAUGGACUGCUGUCGCUCGUGCGUGCCCUGGAGGAGGAUGAGGAGUGUGGUCCUACACGCUCCUUUUCUGUGUCAACGGGCAUUGUGGAUGUUAUACCUCUUCCGCUGGCCAAUAUUGAAUUCUACUUGCAAUCCUCUCAAUCGGGUAUGGCCUUGGUGCACGCCCUGUCUCUUAUAUUGGUGCUCUAUGAUAUGAUGGGCAGCUUGGGCGAUGACUGGGAUCGUGCCACGGAGACGGUUAAGGAUCUAUCGCUGCUGGGCAAUGUUGCAUCCGGCGCGUAUUUGGGCACACAGGAAGAUAACUAUUAUCAUGUGGGCGUGGCAGCAUCCGCUGGCAUUGCCCGUUACGGCUCCUCGCUGGUCAGCACAUUCUUGCCGGCCGCGGGUCCCCAUGUGAAUACAUUGAGUAAGGCAGCCAUUAUAGGUCUAAUGACGUACUCCCUCACCAACAAAUGA